UAGAGGUACACUUGACGUACAGCUGCAGAGUGUGGGGCCUCAGCGGAUGCUGCUGUGACAAGAGCUGGAAGGAGGACUCCUCACAGAGAAAUAGGUCUUUCUGUGUACAGACCUUUUAGAUAUUAGAAGGCAGAAUGUAUCCGCUGCUUUUAGAAUGCGGGACAGCUGAUUGCUUUGCUCCCACAAAACACUAGUAAGGUUUUAGAAUUAAAAUCGGGAUUCCUCAAAUUCGACAUUUAGGUGUAAGCUGGACUACAGAACAAUAAUAUUGAAUUCAUGUGGCUUAUCUAUGGGAUCAAAUAUAAAAAUGCCCAGAGAAUCAGUAGACAAACUUGAAAGUGACAGUGGGCAUGAAGACUAGAACCAAGCUGCUGAUCAAGCCUGCACUACCUGGACUGAGGAAAUGUGCCCGGGGUUUUAGAAUUCAGAGUGGAGGAGAGAGAGUAUCAGGAGAAAUUUAUACAGGCCACUCAGGGAACAGGCGUUCAAAAUCCCCAAAGUAGCUUCCAGUUCGGGAAUUUAUUGAGAGUGAUUUUCAAGUUGCAACAAAUGUGGAAAACCUGAUGAACACUUUCUCUCAGAUACAAGUUUCUUAAACCUAAGCAAUUCUACAAGAAGAGACAGUGGCAGCAGCCUCGGAGGCACAAGACUAAAAAUGUUGCCUUACAAGAUCCCGUGGAGGCCCUAUUCCCUUAGAGAGCUCUCACACAAAGCUCAGAUUGCCGGAAAUGUGAGGGUCAAAAGGGAAAUGGAAAUUCAGAUUUUUUACUGGACGGGAAGAAAAGUACCCUAAACAAGACCUGAUCACUGGGACUGUCUCCACUGCAAAUUUAAUAUCUUUUCAAAAAGACUUCAGUGUCACAAGUGUCACUCUCUGAGAGAGGAAAUAGAGGCAGUAUGGCAUGGGACGUGCCCCCACCCACUCCUGGCAGUUUGACUACAUCAGAACUUUGACCCUCUCCUGGAGCCAUAGAUGAUGCCUUACAACUAUUAACAGACGGAGUCACCUGAUGCUGAGUUUAACACCGUGAGAGCCAGGGCCUUAUCUGCCUUGAUCAGUGCUGCCCCCAACCCAGUGCCCAGCAGGGCCUGGCGCACAGUACGCGCCCAAGAAGUAUGUGCCAAACCAGCAGCCACAUCUUCCCUUGCAAAGCAGAGGAGUUGGUGGGAGUUAUUUAGUGGUGGACCAGCUGUUCAGGAGCAUCCCGGACCGGAGCCAGGCACAUUUAAGACUUGGAUCUAACCAGUGGCCGCUGCAGAUUGUAGUGCAGCAAUGUCGGUGUUAGAAGAAAGCCGGCCAUUUGCUCAACAGUUAUCCAAUGUCUACUUUACGAUACUUUCACUUUUCUGUUUUAAGCUUUUUGUGAAAAUCAGCCUUGCCAUCCUCAGUCACUUCUACAUUGUGAAAGGCAACCGCAAGGAAGCGGCCAGGAUAGCAGCUGAAUUUUAUGGAGUAACCCAAGGACAAGGUUCCUGGGCAGAUCGAUCGCCACUACAUGAAGCGGCAAGUCAAGGUCGACUUCUUGCUCUGAGAACGUUGUUAUCACAGGGUUAUAAUGUAAAUGCAGUGACCAUAGACCAUAUCACCCCAUUGCAUGAAGCCUGCCUUGGAGAUCAUGUGGCCUGUGCCAGAACUCUUUUGGAAGCUGGAGCUAAUGUAAAUGCAAUCACAAUAGAUGGUGUGACUCCAUUAUUCAAUGCAUGCUCACAAGGCAGUACCAGCUGUACAGAACUUCUUUUGGAAUAUGGUGCCAAACCCCAGCUGGAGUCAUGUCUUCCUUCUCCCACCCAUGAGGCUGCCAGUAAAGGUCACCAUGAAUGUCUAGAAAUACUGAUCUCCUGGGGCAUAGACGUUGACCAAGACAUUCCUCAUUUGGGAACUCCUCUGUAUGUAGCUUGUAUAUCACAGCAGUUCCAUUGCGUUCGGAAGCUUCUUUAUGCAGGUGCUGAUGUCCAAAAAGGCAAAUAUUGGGAUACUCCAUUGCACGCUGCUGCUCAACAGUCCAGCGUAGAAAUUGUCAACUUACUGCUGGAGUUUGGCGCAGAUAUCAAUGCCAAAAAUACAGAGCUUCUGCGGCCUGUGGACAUAGCUACCACCGGCGGUCUUCUGGAAAGAUUACUGCUGCAACAUGAAGCUACCCCAAGCUCUCUUUGCCAGCUUUGCCGACUCUGCAUCAGAAACUACAUAGGAAGAUCAAGACUACACCUGAUGCCACAGCUCCAGCUGCCAACGUUAUUGCAGAAUUUCUUACAGUACCGAUAAAGCAGUAAAAUAAUUCUAAAUGUUUGAAAGUCAAAAA